GCUAAGCUAUUUGGUUUCAGCGAAACUAGCACUGGUACUUUAGCCCCAAACUGGUUCCCUCUACUUCACUUCUCUGUUCUCCCACUUCCGCCAAUAUGUUGCUCCGCAGUCGCUUCUUAAGCUACCCACUUCCCUUCUCCUUCCCCCAUCAUCUCCCUCCUCGUUCGCUAUCCAUCUUCUAUGAAUCUAAACCCAAUCCUCAAACUUUAUCUUACUCCUCUUCCUCCUCCUCAUCAUCGUCGUCGUCAUCUCCCAUCCAAUCACGGGAGCCCACUUCUUCAGACGCCGCCCUCUUCGUCCCGCCGGGGGUCGCACGUGCCGAUGUCACCGCCGACAUGGUCCUCCCCGGCUCCAACAUCGUUGUUGGCCCCUACGCCGGCGACGCCAAGAUCAAGCAGGUCGAGUUCGUCAAGAGCAGCGCACGUGCUCGCGACUGCCCCAAGGACGAGCGCCCGGAGUUCGCCAUUGUUGGGCGUUCCAAUGUCGGCAAGUCUUCGCUUAUCAAUUCUCUGGUGAAAAAGAAGGAAUUUGCUCUUACUUCGAAAAAACCAGGGAAGACGCAGCUUAUUAAUCACUUCUUGGUGAAUAAAAGUUGGUACAUUGUGGAUUUGCCGGGAUAUGGCUUUGCUAAUGCUUCACAAUCAAUGCGAACGGAUUGGUCGUCCUUCACAAAAGGUUACUUUCUAAAUCGAGAUACGCUCGUCUCCGUCAUGCUGCUUAUUGAUGCCAGUGUUCCACCUCAACAGAUUGACCUAGAUUGUGCUAAUUGGCUUGGCCGCAACAAUAUUGCUGUAACCUUUGUCUUUACCAAGUGUGACAAAGUGAAAGGUGGUAAAGGGAGCCGAAAAGAUGAGAAUAUUAAGCAGUUUCAGGAAUUGAUCAGCAAAUACUACCAAGAACCCCCACCAUGGAUCAUGACCAGCUGUGUCACUGGCUUAGGUCGGGAUGAGCUCCUCCUUCAUAUGUCGCAGCUAAGGAACUACUGGGAUAACUAGGUGAGCAUUUUCUAGUUGAGAAAGUGGGAUCACUGUGAUCAAAAUUUAUCGUAAAUUUUGGUGUGAAUAUGAAAUGUAAUCAUCGAGUGAAAUGCUUCUGGUUUAGAAAAUUCCAUAGUAAAAACGGAGGUCAUUUUUUUUACUUUAAUAAUUUAAGUGUGUGUAGUAUAUAUCAUUUUCUGAUUUAGGUACUUAAGCUUUGCACAUUUGAUUACUGUGAAUA